GCUCCAGAACUCUCACCCCUCGCCUGCUGCCAAGGCUUGCCCACUGAACAGCCAUGAGAAGGCAGCUCCGGUCCAGAAGGGCUCCAGCCUCUCCUUACGGUUAUCGCUACAGACUUGAUGAUCAAGAUGAAGUGAACCAGAACUACUUAGCAGAUGAAGAGGAAGAAGCUGAAGAAGAGGCUCGGGUGAUGGUGGUACCCGAUUUGGAGGAGGAGGAGGAGGAGGAGGAAGAGGAGGAGGAGGAAGAGGAGAUAGAAGAGGAGGAAAAGGAGGAGGAAAAGGGUCAGGGUCAGCCAACAGGCAAUGCCUGGUGGCAGAAAUGGCAGAUCGUGAACGAAUACCUGUGGGACCCGGAGAAAAGGAUGUCUCUGGCCCGAACAGGUCAGAGUUGGAGCCUGAUCUUAGUCAUUUACUUCUUCUUCUAUGCCUCCCUGGCCGCUGUGAUUACCCUCUGCAUGUACACGCUCUUUCUGACCAUCAGUCCUUACAUGCCGCCCUUCACCGAGAGGGUGAAGCCUCCUGGAGUUAUGAUUAGACCCUUCGCCCAUAGCCUUAACUUCAACUUCAACGUUUCUGAACCUGACACUUGGCAGCAUUAUGUCAUUAGCCUAAAUGGCUUUCUCCAGGGUUACAAUGACAGUCUUCAAGAGGAGAUGAAUGUAGAUUGUCCCCCGGGGCAGUACUUCAUCCAAGAUGGCGAUGAGGAUGAAGACAAGAAGGCCUGCCAGUUUAAGCGCUCCUUCCUCAAGAACUGCUCUGGCUUGGAGGACCCUACUUUUGGCUACUCUACAGGACAGCCCUGUAUCCUUCUAAAGAUGAACCGGAUUGUAGGCUUUCGUCCUGAGCUUGGGGAUCCUGUGAAAGUGUCCUGCAAAGUUCAGAGAGGCGAUGAAAAUGACAUCCGAUCCAUCAAUUACUACCCAGAGUCGGCUUCUUUUGACCUUCGCUACUACCCUUACUAUGGCAAACUGACUCACGUUAACUACACCUCCCCGCUGGUGGCAAUGCACUUUACAGACGUGGUGAAGAACCAAGCAGUGCCUGUACAGUGCCAGCUGAAGGGCAAAGGCAUCAUAAAUGAUGUCAUCAAUGAUCGUUUUGUGGGGAGGGUGAUCUUUACUCUGAACAUAGAAACCUAAGAACUGUGCGGGGCACUCCUGCUUGUUCUGUUUCUGUUUAUUUCAUGUACCCCUGGUAGUACCUGGAUUCUUUUUCUUCGAUCAGGACACAGCCAGAUGGACACCUAAGACAGCAGAUCAUCUUUCCUUGCCUUUGACAUAUGUAUAAAAUGAUACUGUGGGAUUGAUUUUUCAAAGGUAGUCUCUCCUGAUGACAAAUAGAUGAUAAUUUCCUUUCCCCGCGACUUAAAACUAAAACCCAUUCUUGCUGCUAGAAGUCUCACCAUAGUGUAAACAUAGUAUCUGAUAAAAUUCACAAGAGCCAUGAAGGGGAAUUGCUAUGAUAAUUUUAAACUCAUCGUGUUUUGUAAAAUUUUGUUGUUUUUAGAGGUGAAAGUCCUCCCAAUCAGGCCGAUAACUUUUUUUUCCUUUUCUCAACCUGCCUGGCAAGUUCCUUCCCUGGGAACCACCAAUCAUACCAACUUGGAAUACACUCAGGGCUACCAUACCUAGAGAACUCUUUAUCUAAGGGUGCUUGAGGAACUGGCUGCCUCAAAUGGGCAACUAAAUAAUACUGAUUUGAAGACUAGGUUAUCUUCAACUGGGCCAGAAAGCAGUGCUAACUGGAUAUCAUUCUGGAAUAGAAAUGAAGACCUUUCCUAUGACUUUUCUGGGAGAUGGGGUCCACAGCAAUUGGGGAGAAUACCUACCAUGUGGAUGUGAUUGGCAUUUGAUUCCUUGCUCUGAGGUGUGGUCAUCCAAAGGCAAACAUUCCUGCACACAGGUUUCUUUCAACUUCAGGCAAAGGAGAAAGCAAGGAAGAUCUUCACCCGUUAAUUAUUCUUGGGCUAUUUGCUUGACAGCAGGAUAAUCUUCUUUGAGACCAUCAGGGAUGGGCAUGUUGGUCCCCAGCUACAGUUCUGGGGAUUGAAAUCUCAGUCUCUUCCUACUGAUCCAUCAUAAGACAGAAAGCUCCUGCCAGGCCACCCAAAAUCCAAGGCCCACUGCCAGCGUUUCAUUUGCCUAGAAAACGAUAGGAGGCAGAUGUUUAUCCAGGUUGUGGAUCAGCCAGGCUGCUUUGUCUUAUCUUUGGCCAUGCGACCAUUCCACUGCUUCUUAACACCUCCACCAGGGGGAGGGCUGGGACAAGGAGAAAAAGUGAGCAUUAGAGUAUUGCAUAGCGUCUCAGGGUUCAAAGUAAGCUUAAAUGCCACCUAGAAGCAUCCAGAGUCUGAAUCUCCUCUACAAUGUUUAUCUUCUCCCAAAACAGGGAACUGGCAGUCUGGUAGUGAAGACAAACAAGGAAAGAAGUAACUAUGAACUAGUAUGACAAGUUAUAAAACUAGUAUGUGGUAAUGCCAUGGGAACAUGAGGAAAAGUAACUUGAGCUGAGAAAGUAGCAGAGGAAAUUUCACAUGCAAAAUCACAAACACGAAAUACCAUGGUGUGUUUGGGUAACUGGGAGCAGUUCAUAUAACUGGAGUGUAAGGGGUUCAAAGGAAUGGCCAGGAGUGUCAGGGGAUUGAGCUAGAAAGGUGUACAGGUACUGAAAGAGGACUUUGAGUUUAAUCCAAUAGGUGAAAAGGUGUCAUCAAGGUAUUUUAAGCAGGGAAGUUCUGUGAUCAUAUUUGCACUUUACAAAGAGCACUUUGGCAGCCACAGUGUGAAAAAUGGGUUGAAGAGGGCAAGACUGGGGAAUGGGCAAUGAGGGAGAAGGAGGAGUCAAGAAUGGCUCCAAGGUUUUGAACUUGGCUAGAACCAGUGUGAUGGUGAUAUUGUUGAUCAAGACUGGGAAUUCAAGAGAGAAGCAAGAUUGGAGAGCAAGAUGUGAUCAAUUUAAAGCUUGUGAUUCCUAUUGGUCAGACACCCAUGUGGAGAUGUAAACAUAAGUGGAGUUGGGGAGAAGGAAAUCUGAGAACAAAAGCAACAUUUGCUUAAGUGAACUCUCUUAAGAAAUUCUAAGCUAUUUGAUCUCAGGAAUUUGAGCCAGUUAUGUAAACACACCACACCAAUCUAGUCUCUCAGAUAGUGUUUUUCUCUUCACUUGUGGCAGAAAGCACUGUGGCUGCUCUUUGGAAUCUCCUUCCCACUUUCCAACUCUUGUCAACAGAGUAGAGGGGAGCUGACCUCUAUUAACAAGUGAUAAAAUAUUCGACAGCAGAUAUGUGAAAAAUACAAACAACAACAACAACAAAACUGUCUCCUCCCAACCCCUGUCCUUAUCAAAUUCCAUUUUCAAAACUAAUCUUGAAAAAGAAAGAACAAAAUACCUGAAGAUGAUAACUUUAAAACCAUUUCAAGAUUACUUCAAGUAAUCAAACUCUCAAGAUUCAGUAGUAAAAGAUAAUAGAACAUUAGAUCUGGAAAGGAUAUUAGAGUGUUUAGAGAAAACAACCUGCAUUGCAUCUGACUCCAGGUCCAGUGCUCUUUCUACUCUGAGCUGCUGCUUACCAGGAAGUACCAUCUUUUUAAAAAUCAAUGGAUGAUAUCCCAAACAUUUUGAAACAUAUGUCAAAUUUGGGUUAGAAUAGUUAACAUUUCACAGGAAUUCAAUUACUGGUGCUAUAUUUUAUACAUAAUACAUUAUCCUGUUAAAUGCGUUGACUAUUACACAGACAAGGAAUUAUGAAUCUUUUGUCAUACAGUAUUUCUCAUUCAGUGGAAUCCAUUGUAUCCACAGUUUCCAAGCAGUAUUGAAUAGUACUAGGAUGGUUUGGGUUGUCAGCUGGGACAUGAAAAAAAAUAGCUUUAUCACACAGAACUGGAUAUUAUAAUAUAUACUCACUAAAAUGGAAUUCUAACAGUUCAAUAAACUUCCAGUGGAUUAAUUAAAAUCAUCCCCCAUACUGUAUCAUACCAGGAUUUGAUUUGCAUACCAUCUGUUGCAAUGCACUUGGUUUUACUUUAUUGUCAAUGAGAAUUACUACUUCCAAAUGCCUUCGUGGUUUUGUCCAUGUUAGACUUAUGAUUUCACACCCCCUCUGAAAUCAUUAUCCUAAAGUAACUUUCCUUAGGCAUCUAUUUGCUGGGAAUCUUCAUGUAGAAAACAUUAUUAUUGUAUUGAGGAAUUGUUGACAACAAUAAAUUGAA